CCCCACACUACUCAGCACUCACCUCACAGCCCACAAACAGCAAGUACAGCCAUUGGCCACCCACCCACACACGAGCUCCACUCACUAGCUAGAAGAGUUCUCCCAGUGAGUGACUAGUUGCCUUGCCACUCCUCUCCUAGCCAGCUAGAGGCAAUCAGCCAAGCUAUAGAGGGGGGCACGGGAGCGGCCUGCCGGUGGUUCGCGGUGCGGCAGAGGGAGGGUACCCAGAGGCUCGUGAGGACAAUGCAUGGCAUGUGUUAACAUGUACAACCCGGAGCACCACCAGUCGUCGUCCUCGUCGUCCUUCAUGGCGCCGCGGAUGUCCUUCUCCAGCGACUUCGCGCUGGAGCCGCCGCCGGCCACUGCGCUGUCGGCGCGCGCGCCGGGGGACGCCGACUUCGAGUUCUCCGUCGGCGGCCGCCCCUCCAUGAUGGGCGCCGCCGACGAGCUCUUCUCCAAGGGCCGCCUCCUUCCGCUCCGGGAAGCUCCGCACGGUCGGCCCACCACGCUGCGCGAGGAGCUGCGCACCGAAGACGGCCGCCACGGGCGCGCGCCCCGCGCGCCCAACAUCCGGUGGAAGGAACUGCUCGGCUUCAAGAAGGCAUCCAAGAAGGCCAGCGCCGCCGACGCCGCAGCCGGCACGUCGUCCGCCGAAGCCCACACGGAUCUUGGAGGUCAAGGAGGAGGCACGAGAGAGUGAAGCAGCAAGCUCAUUGACCAAGCGGACAGAGGAAUGAUAUAUUAGCGAAGUAGUUGUUAAUUUGUGUGAUUUGGGUGGUGAUUUGCCUUCCAACUUGAUCGAUGUCCAUCAUCUACAUACUUGUUGAUGAUAUGACAGAUUUGUUGGUUCAUUGGAGAAGCAAACUAAGCAUGUGUGCAUUGGCAGAUUACUUGUUACCGUUUUCUCGUGGUGUGUAAAACGGAUUUUUUGCUCAUCUUGGUAGAUGGAUAGUUGCAUGUACUAGUAGUAGUCAAAUUAAUGAACUCCUCUCUAGCUGUGGCUCUGAAUGUUUUGUACUGAGAAGGGGAGUAGUAUAUUUUUCCUCACA